AUGACCAUGUCCUUGAUCCCACCUCGAUCGACUCCGGCCCAUUCGCGACGCUUUGCGCGCACUUAUCAGGAACUCGAUAAUCUCGACGACGCCAGUCUUUGCUCCCGCGAUCUGGGCAAAGUCCAUGUGGACUGUCAACUUCGGGUCUCAAAAUCGAAAUGGGGCUACCUAGGAGAUGAAACCUCCCCCGCCGGCAUUGUAUACAUGGAUUUAUCAUUCAAUCAACCAUAUGGUUGUCGCCUAGCUAGUGCCACUGUUCUGGUCACUUUAGAAGAUCUUCCUCCGAAUUCACCGUACCAACAGAAAGACUCUGGCCUUUCUCAACUACAUAUCACAAAAUACUUCGGCCCGAAGGGCCUUGUCGGUGAAGCGACCAGCAUUUUCUCCAGAGAGACGCUUCACUUGAACCCGCAAUUCACUUUCCUCGGCAACGGUGGCGGCGGCAUAGGUCUGGAAUCCGAGAGAGCAUUUGUCUACGAUAGUCGCUGGUCAUUUACGGGCAACCGCAAGGCCACAGACGCAUUAUACCGCACUCUGAAGUGGGAGUUGUGCGAGAAUGAGCUCGAUGGCCGCAAGGCGCACAGCAGCGUCAUUAACACUGGGUUUGCUUUCCAGCACAAGUACCAGCCGUUUCUCAUGCGAGUUCAGAUUGAGGGUCGCUUACAGAGUACCCGUCAUCGCAUAAGGAACUCUAUGCGUAAUCUUCGAUUUCCUCCACCUGAUAAGAAACGUCAGGGCACCAGCGAGACUCUUAUUCGUCCCAACGCUCCUGACCGCCCGUUGGAUGCUAUUGCUAAGGGAUUAGAGAGCUCAUUGGAGAUGGAGAAUCACAAGCGGAUUCCUGUGCAGGUUCCGGCCACAUUACCUGUCACUUUUGAGAAUGCAUCAAUCAACAUUACUCCCGAGAGUGUCAACGAAGGAAAUGAGAGCUACCCGCUACUUUCUGCUCCAAUAGAUCCGUGCAGUGAGCCGAUCGCUGUCUCGGAUUCAUCUUCCACAACUCUGGUUGAUGAGCCGAUGGUUACAAGGCUAGUUGGCACCGGUGGUGUCAGUAGCUCGGGGUUAAAAAGCGCAGUCAGACAAUUGAAUGGAGGCAUGGACCAACAAUCAGAGAAGCCCCCAACUGAACCUGUCCGAGAAUUGACAGCCACAGAUCAAGCUCAGAACGCGGCGGCUAUGUUACUACAAUACCCAGCGUUGCUAGUAUUGAUGGAAUUUCUGGCUCAAUUUCUCAAUUUGUUUUCCAGCUCUCAAAGACCGGAUUGGGGCUCGAGAUGA